AUGUUAUGUCGCAAUCCAUCGGACUAUGUCCGUGAAACAAAAAAAGACAUAGUACCAGUACAACGAAAUUAUGAUCCAGAUCUUCAUCCGUUUCAAGUAGCACGUGAAUAUACUCGUGCGAUGAAUGCUGUUAAAAUGGAACGUAUAUUUGCGCGACCAUUCAUAUGUAGUUUGGAUGGUCAUCGUGACAGUGUACAAUGUUUAACAAAGCAUUCAACACAACUCUCAUUACUUCUAUCCGGUUCAUGCGAUGGAGAAAUAAAACUUUGGAAUGUUGCUCAACGAACAUGUCAAGCAACAAUACCAGCACAUGAUGGAUUCGUUCGAGAUAUAUGUGUUAUACCUGAUGGUACUGCGUUUUAUUCAAUUGGAAAUGAUAAAUUAAUAAAACGAUGGUCAAUGGAUAAUUAUGAUGCACCAGCAAUGACGAUUGUUGGAAAACAUGUAUUUACAUCGAUUGAUCAUCAUUAUAAAAAUUCACAAUAUGCUACUAGUGGUGAAAAUGUAUCAUUAUGGGAUGAACAACGUGCACAACCUCUUCAAUCAUUUAAAUGGGGUGCUGAUAGUCAUGCUAAAGUCAAAUUUAAUCCAAUAGAAACUACUGUACUUGCUAGUUGUGCUGCUGAUCGAAGUAUAAUUCUUUAUGAUACAAGACAAUCAGUACCAUUACGAAAAAUUACACUUCAAAUGAAUUCCAGUUCACUUGCAUGGAAUCCUCUUGAAGCAUUCGUAUUUACAACAGCUAAUGAAGAUUUCAAUUUGUACAGUUUCGAUAUUCGUUAUCUGCAACGUCCAUUUAAUAUUCAUAAAGAUCAUGUAGCAGCUGUUAUCGAUAUUGAUUAUUCUCCAACAGGCAAAGAAUUUGUUAGUGGUAGCUAUGAUAAAACUGUUCGUAUUUUUGCUGCUGAUAAAGGACAUAGCAGAGAUAUUUAUCAUACAAAACGUAUGCAACAUAUCAGUUGUGUUCAAUGGACAGCAGAUAAUAAAUAUGUUAUAUCAGGUUCAGAUGAAAUGUGUCUAAGAUUAUGGAAAGCUAAAGCAAGUGAAAAACUUGGAGUGAUACGUGAUCGUGAAGCAGAAACACUUGAAUACAAUGAUGCACUGAAAGAAAAAUUUGCACAUUUUCCAAAAAUAAAACGUAUUGCGCGACAACGUAAUUUACCGAAACAUGUCUAUCAUGCUAAACGUGAACACAAAACAAUACAAGAAAGUCAGAAACGUCACGAAGCCAAUGCACGUGCUAAUAGCAAACCUGGCUCAGUACCAUUUGUUUCAGAACGAUCGAAAGUUAUUUUAAAAGAAGAAGAAUAA